GUGCAAUGCCACAAAAGAAUAAAGCUUUUGAUUCUGUUCAAUUCUUUCAUCUUCAACCUCUCGAUCCGUUCCGACAAGAAACGGAUGCUAUUGAAACAGAGACUGCCUUUUUCUCUCGUGCAAAGGAAGCCGCCGAUUGUGGAGUUUCGACCGAACUCUGGUCAUCAGAAUCAAACAAACUACACCUCGAGAAUUGAAAUCACUCGAAACAGUGCAGUACAGAGGAGAGGAGAUAUCAAAUUGGAAACGUUCGUGGAAAUUUGUGUCCAAUGUGAAGAAAAUAAGUUGUAAAACCCCUCGGGAGUUUCACUUUCAACGAUGGUGAUCCGUCAGUUUCAAAGAAGCCUUUAAGAGCCAGCGGCCCAGCGCUGUCGAAGACAAUAAAUUUGUCACCCUCUUCCGUAGCUACCUCCGGACAUUAUUGAUUUGCAAUGUAAUAAAUAGCCAUGUCCAAGUUGAUCAAGAUCGCGGAUCGCGGAUGUCAUUUUUACUGUAUAUUCGAUUCGCAUGGCUGAGUUAAAUUCACCUCAGCUUCAUUAGUUGUUACCCUGUUGGAUUCGGGUUCUUCGAGCUCCAGAUCCUUCUGUGUUUUCUUAGUUGAAACUUAUCGGUGGGAUUCCGUGUUCUUUUUCUACUCAGAGAUUGAAAACAAAUCGAUCGUGAAUUUAGUCUGGUUUUCUGCAUAGGAACCGGCAUCUGGUCGUGGUGCUUUCUCAUUACAUUUCUCUUUUACAGUCACAGCGUUUUGGAAAUACCGUUGAGUUGUUGUAAAAGACGACAUACAGAAGUUAAUAAGCUUUGAGAAGAAAGGUUCCAUAUUUUCAAAAAUGGCGUCAAGAUCCAAAAAUGGUGAGGAUACUGACGAUCAAAAUAGUAACAUCUGGGUUUUGGAUCAUCAGAUGGACCAGCCAAUGGAUGAGGAGGCUAGGCAGCUAAGAAAUGCGCAGCAGGAAAAGGAUCAUUCUGUAUUUAAAAUUCUACAACUUGCAUUCCAAAGCCUUGGAAUAGUGUAUGGAGAUUUGGGCACUUCCCCUUUAUAUGUCUUCUAUAACACGUUCCCCGAUGGAGUUGAAAAUACAGAGGACUUGAUAGGAGCUCUAUCAUUGAUUAUAUACUCUCUAACUCUCAUAACCCUUAUCAAGUACAUAUUUAUUGUCUGCAAGGCAAAUGACAAUGGUCAAGGUGGAACAUUUGCUCUAUAUUCAUUGCUAAGCCGUCAUGCUAAAAUAUUAACUAUUCCUAACCAUGACCUCAGUGAUGAGAAGCUUACAACUUAUAGUCGUUCUGAGUACCGGGAACAAUCAUUUGCUGCAAAAACUAAGAGAUGGCUGGAAGCACAUCACUUUAAGAAACAUGUCAUUCUUGUUCUCGUUCUUGUUGGCUCCUGCAUGGUGAUUGGGGAUGGAAUUCUAACACCUGCCAUUUCAGUUCUUUCUGCUGUUGGGGGUAUCAACGUUGGUCGUGCAAAAAUAAGCAAUGAUGUAGCUGUUCUUGUUGCUAUUGUCAUACUUAUCGUCAUGUUUAGCAUGCAACGCUAUGGCACAGAUAAAGUUGGUUGGCUUUUUGCCCCGGUAGUUUUUCUGUGGUUCAUCUUAAUAGGAGGCAUCGGCAUAUUUAACAUCUACAAGUAUGAUCACAGUGUCCUGAGAGCCUUUUCUCCAGUACAUAUAUAUCGGUACUUCAAAAGGGGAGGGAAAGCUGGAUGGACAUCCCUUGGAGGGAUCAUGCUUAGUAUAACAGGAACUGAAGCACUUUUUGCAGACCUGUCCCAUUUUCCAGUUUCCUCCAUUCAAAUUGCUUUUACAGUAGUUGUAUAUCCUUGCCUUCUUUUAGCCUACACUGGGCAGGUUGCCUAUCUCAUUAAACACCCAAAUUAUGUUGUCGGUGCCUUCUACCAUUCAAUCCCAGAAAGUAUAUACUGGCCAGUAUUUCUUAUUGCAACUACCGCGGCUAUCGUUGCAAGCCAAUCCACCAUAUCUGCAACUUUUUCAUUGGUCAAGCAAGCCCUUGCACUUGGUUGCUUUCCAAGAGUUAAAGUUAUUCAUACCUCUACGAUGUUCCAUAAUCAGAUAUAUAUUCCUGAUAUUAAUUGGAUCCUGAUGGUCCUUUGCAUUGCCGUGACAGCUGGGUUCAAGAAUCAAAGCCAAAUUGGAAAUGCUUCCGGGACAGCAGUGAUUAUAGUGAUGUUGGUAACCACAUUCCUCAUGACUUUAAUAAUGAUAUUGGUGUGGCACUCCCACUGGAUUCUAGUUCUGCUCUUCACUUGCUUAUCACUGAUUGUGGAGGGUUUCUACUUCUCCUCGGUUAUUCAGAAGGUUUAUCAAGGUGGGUGGGUUCCCCUGGUUAUAGCAGCAGCAUUUUUCAUCAUCAUGUACAUUUGGCAUUAUGGUACAGCUAAACGUUAUGAGAUUGAGAUGCACACAAAGGUUUCAAUGGCAUGGAUUCUUAGCCUUGGCCCCAGUUUAGGACUUGUAAGGGUACCUGGGAUAGGACUUGUGUACACAGAACUAGCAAGUGGAGUCCCCCACAUCUUUUCACACUUCAUCACAAACUUACCGGCCAUUCAUUCUGUUGUGGUUUUUGUGUGUUUGAAGUGUUUGCCUGUCUACACAGUCCCAGAAGAAGAGAGAUUUCUAGUAAAACGGAUUGGACCUAAGAAUUUUCACAUGUUUCGGUGUGUAGCUAGAUAUGGUUACAAAGACCUCCACAAGAGAGAUGAUGAUUUUGAGAAGAAACUCUUUGAUAGCCUCUUCUUAUUUGUUCGACUCGAGUCGUUGAUGGACGGUGGAUCUUCAGAUUCGGACGUGUCUAGUCUACUUGAUGAACAAAAUGAAACGGUUUCAGAAUGCCCAUUGAAAACCAUUAAUUCAACUUGCUCAUCCGUGGAAUCAACAGGCCUACAAAGAGCAGAUUGGAUUGAGCCUGCCAAUUCUCCAUUGCAUCGAAACCAAACCAUCAUAACACCCAGUCAAGAAAAUGAUGAGACUGAGACCGAUGAGUUAGAGUUCUUGGUUAGCUGUAGAAAUGUUGGAGUUGUACACUUUCUUGGAAAUACAGUAAUGAAAGCUAGGAGGGACUCCAGCUUCUGCAAAAAGAUCGUGAUUGAUUAUAUAUAUACAUUUCUUAAAAAGAUCUGCAGGGAGAAUAGCGUUAUGUUCAAUAUUCCGCAUGAGAGUUUGCUUAAUGUUGGCCAAACAUUUUAUGUAUGACUGUUUAGAAUCUGUACGAAGAAAUUGAUCUCAGUGAUUCUUUUUCCUAUUGAUUUUAAGGGUCUGGUCCAUCAAGUUUGCUUA